AUGACCUCCCUGUUCGCUCGCGCACCUUCGAUACGAAUCGCCCCCAUUCCAACCACGCGUUCUAUCUCCCACUCAGUGUCAGCAUUGAAGGCCCUGCCGUUCUAUCUCAACAACCUGCGCUCAACGGACCAAAAUGACGGCAAAGUCUUGCGCAUGCUUAUGUUCGGUAAACCUGGUGCUGGCAAGGGAACACUCUCAGCCCGUCUUGUGAAGAAGUACGACAUACUUUCCCUUUCUACCGGGGACCUUUUGCGGCAGCACAUUGCGGAGAGAACGGAAGUAGGCAGACAGGCAGAAGAAAUUGUUGCACAGGGAAACCUGCUUCCGGAUGAUGUCAUGCUCAAAGUCGUCACGAGUAAGCUUGACGCACUCCACAACAAGCAUUGGAUUUUAGACGGUUUUCCACGCACGCUGGGUCAAGGCAAAAUGCUUGAUACCCAUCUCCAGACCCAGAAUGCCCCAUUAAGUCUUGUAGUCAACUUGGAUGUCGCAGACAAUGUAAUCCUAACUCGCAUAUCCGACCGCUGGGUUCACCUGCCAUCUGGCCGUGUGUACAAUAUGUCAUACAACCGACCGAAAGUGGAUGGCUUCGAUGACGAGACUGGAGAACCCUUGACGAAGCGUCCUGAUGAUAACCCUGAGAUCUUCUCUCGCCGUCUCAAGCAAUUUUACGAUUCCACGUCGCCCCUGCUUGCCUAUUACGCAUCGCCCACCAAUAAAUCGGCACGACUUGUCACGUUGCAAGGCGAGACAUCGGACGAAAUUUGGCCUCAGCUGGAUGCUGUUGUACGACUGUCGUUCCCCGGUCUUCGGGAUCGCGCUGCUAGCAUGGCUCAGUGGCGGUGCGGGCCGCGGUAUAGUCUCAGCGAUCCAUUUGCUAUGGGACAGGAAAAGCGGGCAAUGAAGCGCCGAGCUGCCGCUGGUAAUGCCUAA